CGGCCGCAAAUAAAUUAGUCUCAGCUCGGUUCGUUUGGUUUGGAAACAGUUCUCUCGAUCUCCGAACAGACACGUCAGUGGCAGCAGGCAAAAUCGCAACUCCGACUAAGGCUAAUCCGAAACCAUGUCCGACGACUUCGAUGGCUGCGAGUGCGUCUGGUCGCAGGAGUAUGUGAUGCAGCGUCUCAUCAACUUCAUACGACAGAACCAGGAUGCCUGCGGGGACAACGAGUGUUUAGAUGUCACCGGACGCACUCCGCACCAGGCGCAGAUCGCCGGACGCGGGGAUGACAGCGGCUUCUUCGUCGCCAUGAUCUUCCUGAUCGUGGCCUUGUUUAUGAACAUAGUGACCCCGAGUACCCUGGGCAACUUCACCAGCAACAAGCGAGCUGGCGGCCGACGCGACAAUAACCAGGACGGCUCUCCGCCGCAGCCUCCUCCGCCGGCCAUCAACUAGGCGACUCCGAGGACCCCUGCUUCUACGAAACCUGAGCAUCCACAAUACAAUUUGCAGACCGCAAUUCCUUGUUUUGUUAAUUCUCCCACUAUUGGGACAGAGACCACGGAUAGAACCAAUUCAAUCGACUUGGUGCCAUCCAUUCGCACGUUUACACAGAACACAGAUUAGGCAAAUUAUACAUCUCUUACAUUGUACAAAACACGAAACCGCGCACUCUGAAACACACCGGCUUACUAACAUAUUUGGACACUUUUUAAAAGACUUUGGAAAACUAA